UCUAUUUUUUAAUCUUUCAGAACUAUCAUGAUGUCAUGUCAUGCCACCCAGAAAACUUUCAGUGGGAGCAAUGGAGUUUUGAAAAUGUUGCUACCAUACUUGCUCACCGAUUUCCUAAUAGCUUUAUUUGGGUUGUAAAGUGUUCUCGAAUGCACCUGCAUAAAUUCAGUUGUUAUGAUAACUUUGUGGCAAGCAACAUGUUUGGAGCACCAGAGCACAGCACCGACUUUGGAGCUUUCAAGCAUCUUCAUGUGCUGCUAGUUAAUGCGUUCAGACUCGCUCAGAACAUGCUGUUGUCCCAGAAGAGCACGUAUGGUUUCAACAAGGGUGCAAAGAUAGCUGCUUGUAAAUCACAGCCGCAGUCUGGUCCUACAACAAACGGCUGUUCGUCCACAGAAAGAGAGAGAGACUGUGAAUAUUCUAAUAACUCUGCCAUGAACUUCAUUAUGCCGUCUGCUGUAGGUGCAGCGUCAUUUACUUUGAUUGGCUUCAGUAAAGGUUGUGUGGUUUUGAACCAACUGCUCUAUGAGCUGAAGGAAGCUAAAAAAGACAAGAAUACAGAUGCCUUCUUAAAAAACAUAAAAGCAAUUUACUGGUUGGAUGGUGGUCACUCUGGAGGAAGCAAUACUUGGGUUACUUACCCUGAAGUGCUGAAAGAACUUGCGCAGACAGGAAUUGAAGUUCAUGCUCAUGUUACACCAUACCAAGUGUUUGAUACAAUGAGAUCAUGGAUUGGGAGAGAGCAUGAGAAAUUUGUACAGAUACUUGAAGAAUUGGGUGUAGAAACAGAUGAUCAACUACACUUUGCAGAUGAAGUUCCCUCUUUAGAUAACCAUUUCAGAGUGCAUGAAGUAUUUUGAGACUGUAUAUAUCUCUGUAUUCACUGCAAAAGCACUUCUGAUGCUGUAAAUCUUGAUUUACAACUUUGAGCGGACACUCUCUGAAGAGUAAUAGUAAAUCAAUCUUGUGUUCUUAGUAGAUAUUGUAUAUAAAUUUCAAUGGCUUAAAAAGGGGGGUUUGGGAAUGGGAUCCCAUAUGUAGAGCAGAUUAUGUCUUUUGAUUCCUGGUAAAAUUGCUAUGAAGGACUGUGUGAACAUUUAAUCUCAAGCCGUUGGCAAAAUUUUUAGCCCUGGAUGUCCAAAGUAAUAUACUGCCUUUAAUGGUAGUUUAAAAGUACUGAGGAUCUUCGUAGGUCUGGAUGUUUCUGUUUACAAGCUUCCAGGGCUGAAAACUGUGGUCUUUGUCAAUAACAGAGACAACAUUAGUUUUUUGGCUUAGAGAAAAUGAUGAUUGUUGGAGCAAUCCUAGUUAAACAUUGUUGAAAAGUGUUUCAAUUAGAUAAUUUAAUCUUUCAGUUUUGUAACAUUUCUCCUAUUGAAAGAAAGUCACAAAUAUUUACUUUUGGAAUAAUAGUGCCAAUUUAUUUUUCUUCCCUAUGUAUUCCCCAUACCUUGCUUUUUCUGUGGCUAUAAAAUUUCAUUAACGAAUUGCUUAGUAUCUGGUAGUGAAUAGCCUUUUCAUCUGGGACUUGAAUUCUGACAUAGCUAUGUGAAGUGACCAAGAAUAUUCGUAAGAGUGUAGUUUAUUGCUGUUUCAACAUACCCUGCUCUUGCUUUGACUAACUUCUAUAAGGACUGGAAGUAAUGUGUGUAUUUGCAAUUUGAGGUGUGUUUAUCUCUUCUGUUCUGGAACUGGUGAGGUUUUUUUCACAAACUGCAGCAUUGGUGUUGAUCUAACUCGAGCCAUAAGUACAUGACAUAUUAACGAGUUACAUAAAAUGUUUUAGAAUAUGUUGACUGCAGCUGUUUCAAAAUGCUUCAGUUCGUACAACUAUGAUUGCCUUUAAAUGUAUUGUAGUAGUUGCUUCUAGAGCCACCCAGAAAUCUGUUUUCAGAGCAUAAUAUUUUAUACAGAAGAAACAUACCCUCUAAAUAAAUACAAAGUCAAACAAAUCAGAUACAGAAGAUGUCAUCUAGUUCAAGCCCCAACCCUGAGUAUACUUCAAAAAUAAAAUUACUGCAAGGUGGACACGAGAGGGAAAUACUGGAAUUUUUCUUCUGUUGUACGUUUUCCCUUUUAUCUAUAAACAAAUCUUAGAAAAUCACUCUUAAAGAUAACUUCAGCUAUUAAUGAUAAACUAGUAGCUUAAUGGUUUUGGAUUUCCUGAAAGUAUAGAAAAACAGAAGGUAGCAAAACAGUGUGAUAAAUAUAGCUCAAGUCUGGAGAAAAAAAAAAAAAGCGUUUAAUUCAACUUGGUUCUAAUGUUUGAUUGCUUAGCAACGCCUCCCUUCUUCUGGCUUCCUGUUACUUUUAUUCUGUGGAAGGACAGAUCUGGGUCAUCUUUCCUCUGUUAGCAUCACUAAAACUUCCGAGGUUCACUGGAGACAGUAUUUUCACAACUCUGGCAGAGGGUGUGCACACGUUGGUGAUCACUGAGGAAUGAGAAAAGCCCACCGAACUCUUAAAAACUUUUUUUUAUACUUGAAAGUAUUAAGGGUGCUAGAAAGGAAUGAACAUAUAAAAAGUAGCUUUUACAAUAUGAAAGUGAAUUCUCUAGUUAAUUAGGCUAAUGGAACUAUCUGUUCAAAAGUAGAAAUCUAUAUUAAAUGAUGGAGAGAAGUGCAACAUGCAAACUAACUACAAUUUUAUAAGAGAAUCUGAAAUACAGUUCUAUUUGCUUUUAUUAAACUCUUUCUUGGAGACACUGUUCAACUCUAUUAUCGAUUACCUUAUCAAUGGACUUUAAAACAACUUGCUUAUGUGUUUCAAGGAAGGGUGUUUCCCUUUUUUGACUUCAAAGGUUUCUGGAUGGCUCGCCUAUGAAAAUACUAUUUGAUGGAGGUGGUUUACAAUAGAUGUUAAAUAAAAUCAUCUCAAGUUUUGCUGCGUUACUUUGAAGAAUUAGCACUUUCCUGUAAAACUAAUCUUGUUGUAAGACUUGAUGUUUCAGAGGGAAAACAGACUGGUUGUUUUUUAUUCUCUAAACAGUUGUAGUACUGUGUUGGAAUGUGCUUCUGUCAUUCACUACAAUGCAUGCUAAAAAUAAAAUAUGCAGACAAUGUAGAAAAUACUAUUUCAAAUGGGUGAAACCACUCCAAUAUGAAUGUAAAACUGUUAAAUGAGGAAUGUGCAGUUAAGGUCUGUGCAUUAUGCUUUAGCAUGUGUUUGUGGAGACCUACGUUUAAAACAAACAAACAAACGCCACCUAUUUCGUAGCAGCUUUUCUUCAAGGCAGGCUUUGUAUUUAUACAGUCACCGUCUACCAUCGUAAAACAGCUUACUGGGAUCUUGCCUACAUGGGAAAGCUGGCAUGAAGUAAGCAAAGGUGUGAAGUUUCUGUUAGGGUGAAAUGGAUCAGGAUGAAAUGGAUCAUAGCUUGUAAAUACCUAUUUCUUUCCGUUAACUAUGAAGGCAAUUUUGUAAUAAACUUAAAUAUUAGUGCCUAAAGUUAGGUGAGGUGAAUUCCUGUUCUCAUGCCUACUUACAGUGGUUUAGUGCAAGACACUUUUCUGUUUUGGAAUGGAGUAAGCAACAUUACAUUUUGCAUCCUUAGUACAAGCUAGUAUGUAUUAGCUCAUAAACUUAUAUUUUCUUGUACAUUAGACAAGUCAUUCUUCAUACAAAAAAUGUCAACCUUUCUGUCUUGAGAAAUGCUAAAAUGUUUUAAGCUACAUCUAUUAAAAAUCCCUUUAAAACAAG